CUCCUUCAAUCUAAAGGAGAAACUGUCAACAUUAUUCAUUCUCCUUAACUUUUUUAAAAUUAGCCAGCUUGACUGAUUUUAUAACACAAUCAGGAGCAGAGAAAAUUUCCCUUCCCAAAGAUAGUGUAGAUAGGAAUAUGUUUAUUUCUUGUUUGAAUAACACUGCAAUUAUAACAGACCAGUUACUGACUAUAAUUGGAUCUAUGGGACAUUAUCCCUGGAGUUUCAGAAUUUUAAUUCUGCACAAAUAGAGUUCUAAGUUUAAUUUGCUACAUGAAUUGGAAACUUCUCAUAAGCAACAAAAAGCUUAAAUUGCCUUAUAGUGCCAAUAGUUGGUCUUUUGAAGGAUGAUUCUGGAGCACAGAUGCCAGGCAAAUUCUAGCUAUAUGAAAGAAAUAUCUAUAUAUGUCUACCACCAUGAGAAUAUCUGUCAUCAUCUUCCUGGGUUUGAAAUGGAAACUGUGGACUUGUGUUGAAAUGUCCAAGGUUUUUGGUUAAUUAAUCUAUGACUGCAGAAAUUUAUAACUUUUUUUGACUCACUGAAUCUCCCAAAUUAUUUUGGACAGAAUUCCAGGAGUGACAGAAAAUAUGAUAAGCUUGGAGAGCAAAACAAUUCCUAAGUAAGAAGACUGUUACCAAACUAGGGUAAGAAAAUAAUUCCAAUGGUUCAGGUAAAUUAAUGACUUAGCUAUAGAUCAAUUACGAAUGUGAUUUCAGGAAAAAAAAGAAUGCAUAAGAUUAUUUCUUUCAUCAAUCUCUCAUGAUGUUUAUGAAAUAAACCUCUCCCUUCCUAAUACUGCCAAAAAAUCUUGUAUCAAAAAUAACAGCUUGAGGAUUUACCUGUUGACUUCCUACUUGAAAUUUUCCUAAUUAAUGACAAAUUCCUUCAAAUAUAUAUUACUAUCACCAAACUGGAGAAGCAUUUGACUACACAGACUACAAGUCUAUAGCAUAGACUACAAGUUCAUAUGAAGAAAAAAAUGCCAGAAAAUACGAAGGGAGGGGAUCUUAUGUUUUAUAUAUAAUAUAUGAUGUUAAUCUUUCUGUGCAUAUAUACAAAUGAAUAUGACAUAAUAAAAUGUUUCAGGGAAAUUUGACAUCUGUAACAGUUUUUUUCCUCCUGGGAUUUUCCCACUACCCCAAAGUUGAGGUCAUUGUAUUUGUGCUGUGCUUGCUGAUGUACCUGAUCACCCUGCUGGGUAAUAUCAUUCUGAUCUCCAUCACCAUCCUGGAUUCCCACCUACACAAACCCAUGUACUUCUUCCUCAGCAACCUCUCCUUUUUAGACAUCUGGUACACUUCUUCUGCUUUUACUCCAAUGCUGACAAACUUUGUUACAGGGGAAAACACUAUCUCAUUCGUAGGGUGUGUUGCUCAGAUGUACUUCUCUCUAGCUAUGGGUGCCACUGAGUGUGUGCUCUUGUCCUUGAUGGCAUAUGACCGAUAUGUGGCCAUCUGCAACCCCCUGAGAUACCCCAUCAUAAUGAACAGGAAGGUUUGUUUGCAGAUUGCAGCUGGUUCCUGGUUGACAGGCUACCUCACCACCCUGGUGGAAACAAUAUUUGUGCUGCAGCUCUCUCUGUGUGGUCAUAACACCAUCAAUCAUUUUGCUUGUGAAAUUCUGGCUGUCUUGAAACUGGUUUGUGUGGACACCUCCAUGGUGGAAUUACUCAUGCUGGUGAUCACCACACUUAUCCUUCCCAUGCCAGUGCUUCUAAUUUGUAUAUCUUAUGCAUUCAUUCUCUCCAACAUCCUAAGAAUUCGUUCAGUGGGUGGUCGAAGCAAAGCCUUUUCAACAUGUGCAGCCCACCUAACUGUGGUGGUUUUGUUCUUUGGGACAGCUCUCUCCAUGUACCUAAAGCCCUCAGCUGUGGAUUCACAGGAAAUAGAUAAAUUUAUAGCUUUGGUAUAUGGCGGAUUAACCCCCAUGUUGAAUCCUAUCAUCUAUAGUCUACGGAACAAAGAGGUGAAAGCAGCUAUGAAAAGGUUGCUGAUUAGAAAUCCUUUUGGUACUGUGUUAAUUUCUGUCCUCAAUAAUAUCAGAGCAAGCACACUCAUCUGAAUAAUCUCCAACAUUAUCCAGAAAGUUGCAAAAUAGUUCCUAUAAACCAAACCCUGGAAAAUACUCAUUUUUGAUAGUUCAACAUUAAGUUCAAUAUCUUGAUUUAUCUUGUAAAUAAAACUGCUGAAAUUAAUGAAUCAUUUAGAAAGAA